AUGUUCCUUACCAAUUCGCCGGGAGUAGAUGGAAUGCGUGCUUUGUUUUAUCAUAAUUACUGGGAUAUAGUGGGUUAUGAUGUAGUGGCUUUCUAUCUAAAUAUUCUAAAUGGGAGAGCCAGUGUGAAGGAAGUGAACCACACGCUCCUGACUCUCAUCCUGAAGGUGCACAGGCCAGCGAAGAGUGUCUUUGUUCUUGGAAGGCUUAUCACUGAUAACAUUAUAGCGGCUUUUGAGAGUAUCCAUGCUAUUAAACGGCGGGGUGGAAGUAAGCUGAAGAAGAUGAUCCUCAAGCUUGAUAUGUCAAAAGCGUAUGACCGGGUAGAAUGGGAUUUUUUAGAAGCUAUGUUGAGCAAAUUGGGUUUUAAUGCCAGAUGGGUUAACAUGAUUAUGGAUUGUAUUUCUACAGUUUCUUAUUCAGUUCAGGUGAAUGGAGAAGCUACGGGUAUGAUUGUGCCAACAAGGGGUUUGCGCCAGGGAGAUCCACUAUCCCCUUGUUCCUGA